UUGGCAGUCAGUUGGCCAAGUCAGUUGCUCUUUUGGCUUAACAAACUCAGAACGUGCCGCGGCGACGAUGGCAGUGACAUCAAAUUGCAGCGCAUAGAAUAAUAGACAACAACAACAGUAAAAACUGAAAAACAAAAAAAAAAGGCUAAGGCAAGAGCAAAAGCUAGAAUUCGGCUUAGUCACCAUGUCCGAGUGGCAUCCAUCGUAUGCAAGGCAGUGAAGAAAAGGUUCUCAAAAAAAAAAAUUUAGUUUCCAUGACCCAAAGGCGGUGUUGUGCGUUGGCAAAUCUGGUUCGUAUCUCUCCUGGACAUAUAGAGCUGUGACCAAGUGGAACCCUUGAACCGCAAACCGACUCUGAACCACAGCCAAAACAGAACAUCGAAAGCAGCAAUAAGGUUAGCUUGGUGGCAGGACCUCAGCAUUGAGCUUAACGUUCGUCCUUGGCAUUUGGCAAUAACAACUCAGGAGGGUGGUGGAAAACCUCGAGAAAUCAGUGCAGGCGAAGCGGAAAAGCAAGAAUUUUAUUGGAUCUGAGGAGAGGACAGGAGAAAAGGAAGGUGGGUGACCACCGCACUGAACCACUGCAAUCCUGGCCCAACGAAACCACAGCACCUCCAACGGCAGCAGCGCAGCCAGCGUCGGCAGCGGCGUCGGCAGCGUUCCCGUUAUAAUGGAGGGUCCUGAAGUCACAUUCCUUUUCCAAUUCGGAAGCGUCCGCGAUGCAGUCUGCGUGCCCGCCAACGCCCUGACCCUCAAAACGCUCAAGGAUCUGGCCUGUGAUUUCAUCAACACAAAGAUACCGGACAGCGGACUCACGUAUCUCUCGGAACGCAUUCUCCUCUUCGUCCACGAUUACAGCACUCCGAAUGUGCUGCACAUCAUCAACUCGGCAGCGGAGGUGGUCGACGAGACCCUUGUGGAAAUCGUGCUGACAGCCAGCCCCAUACUGUAUCCGACCUCCGAGAUGCCGACCCUCAAACCGCACAGCCUGAAUGUGCAUUCCUACAAGGGACCGACCUUCUGUGAUUUCUGCGGCGAGAUGCUGUUUGGUCUGGUGCGCCAGGGCCUCAAGUGCGAUGGAUGCGGUCAGAACUAUCACAAGCGUUGCGUGGUGAAAAUCCCGAACAACUGCAACCGCUCGAAUGACGCCACUUCCAGGCGUUCCUUCACCCUCCACGCGCCCCGCAGUCCAUCCGGCAGCUCCCAGCAGUCACUUGUCUCUACGGAGGAGUCAACCGGUCGGAAUGACUCAAGCAGCUCACUGAAUAUACCCGGUCGCCAUCAGCGGACUCAUUCAUCGGGCAGCCGGAACGGACUGACCGUGCUACGCAUUCCGCACACUUUCAUGGUGCACACAUACGGAAUACCCACGGUAUGCCAGCUGUGCAAGAAGCUGCUCAAAGGCCUCUUCAAGCAGGGACUCCAAUGCCGCGACUGUCAGUACAACACGCACAAGAAGUGCAUGGACAAGGUGCCACACGACUGCACGGGCGAAGCACAACUUAGCCAGCUCCAGAUUCAGGCAGGUGCCAAGGAGCGGGACAACUUCUUCCGAGAGGAGUUCGAUGACAGUGACUGCGACGAGGGCUCCGACUAUGGAAAGUACAAGACGGCCAUGUCGGGAGGUGUAAAUCUGGUGGCAGGACGACCACGGGAAGCACCAAAAGCCCUGACCAAUGCACACAAUUCACCGCCCGAAUUGGUCAACGGAGGUCUGGGAGAUGAUUCCAGUGGUGGUGGUGAGACCAGCAAGUCUAGUAGUGAUGGCCAAUCGGAACAAUCUCAGUCGUCAACCUCCUCCUCGCCCAGUGCCAAUAUCCCGCUGAUGAGGAUCGUUCAAUCCGUCAAGCACACCAAGAAACGUGGAGGACAGGCCCUCAAGGAGAGUUGGCUGGUGCACUACACCUCAUUGGACAAGGCCGUAAAAAGAUAUUACUGGCGAUUGGACUCCAAGACCAUUACACUGUUCGUCUCGGAACAGGGUAGUAAAUACCACAAGGAGCUGCCGCUGGCGGAGCUUCUGUCAAUUGAGAGUCAUCAAGGUGAUCCCCGCCCGGAGUCCAACUACUGCUUCGAGCUGCGCCUUCCCAAUCUCACUUAUUUUGUCGGACAGGAUCCGCAAGUGGGCGCCAAGGAAGAGCAGGCCGUUAGAUUACCUCCACCGGAUAGUGGAAUAGGCAGCGAUAUCGCCAAGAGCUGGGAGACCAGCAUCCGACAGGCCUUCAUGCAUGUCAAUAAUACGCAAUGCUGCGAGUCAGAGGAGCAGGUGCAGGACAUGGGUCAGUUAUAUCAGAUCUUUCCGGACGAAGUGCUUGGCUCCGGACAAUUCGGUGUGGUCUACGGAGGAGUACACAAAAAAACCCAACGCGAAGUGGCCAUCAAGGUAAUCGACAAGCUGCGAUUUCCUACCAAACAGGAAGCACAGCUAAAGAACGAGGUGGCCAUUCUGCAGAACAUCAAUCACUGCGGCGUUGUUAAUCUGGAGAGGAUGUUUGAGACCCCCGAAAGGAUUUUCGUCGUAAUGGAGAAGCUCAAAGGCGAUAUGCUGGAGAUGAUCCUGUCACAUGCAAGGGGCCGGCUAAGUGAGCGGGUGACCAAGUUUCUGAUCACCCAGAUCCUGAUCGCCCUCAAGUACCUGCACUCGCAAAAUAUUGUCCACUGCGAUCUAAAGCCCGAAAAUGUUCUGCUCUCCUCGGACGCCGAAUUUCCGCAAGUGAAGCUCUGCGACUUUGGCUACGCUCGAAUUAUUGGCGAGAAGUCAUUCCGACGAUCUGUGGUCGGCACUCCAGCCUAUCUUGCCCCGGAGGUACUCCGGAACAAGGGUUACAAUAGAUCGCUUGAUAUGUGGAGCGUGGGCGUCAUCAUAUACGUAAGCUUAAGCGGAACAUUUCCCUUCAACGAGGAGGAGGACAUCAACGACCAGAUUCAGAAUGCCGCUUUCAUGUAUCCACCCAAUCCAUGGAAGGAGAUCUCCUCUAAUGCCAUUGAUCUAAUCAACAACCUGCUCCAGGUGAAGCAGCGCAAGCGGUACACAGUAGACAAGAGUCUCCUGCAUUACUGGUUGCAAGACAAACAGACUUAUCGCGAUCUCCGGAAUCUGGAGACGCAGGUGGGCGGCGGACGGUACUUGACACACGAGUCGGAUGACCUACGAUGGGACUGUGCGGGCGACAUGUGACCUGGCUGUGAACCCGAUGCGAUCCUCGAGAGCACCACCGAGAUAAUGAGCUGCACCACCACCGAGAGCUAUCGUCCAUCUCCGGCGAAUUGCGCCGGAUGCCAUAGGCUAUCGGAUUGCGGUAACUCACCCAAAUCGGAGGCGAUGAGCGAUAAGGCCCUGAAAUGGAUGCGGUUCCAUCUCUGCCGGCACAUCAAAUAGCAGUACAACCAUAUUGCGUAGCCCAUAAGUUUAUCCUAUCUCCUCUAACUCGCUUUUCGAUAACCGCUAAACAAAUGAAUUCUUCUAACUUACAACUCUGUGUGCUAAAUUUUUCUCUAGAAUCAAAAUUAGUCGAUAGCUUUAAUUCGUUAACCACCUAAAGGCAACUCUUAUGAAUAACUCUACACAAAUACUUAAUAUAACAUACAAAACUAAAACCCAGAAGAAACUGUGAAGCUCAGAUCCAGUUGAGAACCAAUUGUCAUAGGGUAUACAGAAAACACCAACCAAACGAAUGGCAGAGAAAAUAUAGCUGAAUAAACAACGCUUGACAAUUAA